AUGAAUUUUUCUACAGUAGAAGGUAUUAAUAACAUCGUUGCUAGAGAUCUGACUUCACUCUCUAAACAAGAUUUUGUGGACUAUGAUACAUCUUACAACCAAAGAUGUAAUGGAGGUCUUAUGUAUUAUGGGUUCCAGUUUAUUUUUAAGAAGGAUGGAAUCGAUGAAGAUGACCCAUACAAGGCUAAAGAUGGCAAAUGUAAUGUGAACAACCAAGGAUUUUCAGAAUGGUGGGCCCGUUUCUCACUGGAAGGAAAUGUAUCUCCAUAUGUUGGGUCUCCAAGUAGUCAAGAACAACACAACACAAAUCUGGAUGUUAAUACCAACGUCAAGAGAAGAAGAGGAGGGGGUCAGAAAGCUGGAAAAGCAGCGAGAGACGCAACCCAAAGAGCAGCAGUAGAAGGAGGUUCAAACGAGUUCAACUAUUCUGAGUACAAGGAAUUCGUGAUGAAGGUAAACAAGAUAGAAACAGGGGCCAUGGCAUUGCGAUAA